AAGGUUAUUAAAAUGCAGAUUCGGUAGUAACUAAUAAUCAUUCCAAAAAGGGAAACUAGAAGGAUAGUUUAAAGCUUAAACUUUCCCAUCAUGUUUUAGGUUUAAAGCAGAACACAAGUGGAUUAGGUGGCCAAAAACAUUGAGAAACUGGUUUUUGUUUCAUCAGCCCAGCACCGGUAUUAAAGUGAAUUCCUGGUCAGAUUGCCCAAGACCAAUCUAACAGAUUUGAGCUUCACCCAUUUCCUCCAUCAUGCUCGCCAGAAUCAUAUUCUGCCUCGCCGUCAUUCUAGCCUUUCUCACCGUAAUCCUCCUCGCUUUGCUCUCUCCGGUAGCCCACAAAAACCCAUCAAAAACCCACGCGGGACCUUGGCUUGCUCUCUCCCUCUACAUCCAGCAGCCCCGAAGUCACCCCUCCGCUGCUCAUCAGGUUACCCCACCGGACGCCGGCGGAGGAGCAUUCAUCUUCCACCGAGCUCUUACAGAGGGACCUGAGAACACGUCCCGGAUAGUGGGGAGAGCCCAAGGAUUCAUUAUCCCAAUCGAAAAGUUCGCAGAUUCAGAAUUCAACAUAAUUUAUCUCACUUUUGACACUACUAAGUACUCCGGCAGCCUAAGCGUUCUGGCCAAGCGGAUACAACAUAAAGACAGGGAGGAGUUGACAGUGGUGGGUGGAACAGGAUCGUUCGCUUUUGCCCGUGGGCUGGCGGUUUUUGCACAGACCGAAGCUGAUUCAGGGUCAUCGGAGGUUGAUGCCACUUACCAUGUUGGAGUGAGGAUCAUAAGAAGCUAUGAACUUGAGAGAAAUUAAUAUAUAUAGAAGAAAAAAAAGUCCAAUAU